AUGGCCGAAGCCUUGAAAGAAGCUUUCGCUCGAUGCAAACGAGAAAACCGUCUGGCCCUCGUCAACUUCAUCACCGCGGGGUACCCGCGUGAACAGGACACGGUGCCCAUCCUCAAGGCGAUGAACGACCUGGGGGUCGACGUCAUUGAGUUGGGGGUGCCCUUCUCCGACCCCAUCGCCGAUGGGCCCACCAUCCAACACGCUAACACCGUGGCUUUGAACCAAGGCAUGUCCACUAAGAAGACUAUCGGUCUUGUCAAGGAAGCCAGAGACGCUGGCGUCACCGCUCCCAUCGUGUUGAUGGGCUACUACAACCCGAUCCUCAAGUAUGGUGAAGAACAAAUGAUCAAAGACGCUGCCGAAGCUGGUGCCAACGCCUUCAUCGUCGUUGAUUUGCCUCCUGAAGACGCCCUCGACUUCAGAGGAUUGUGUGCCCAAUACGGGUUGUCGUACAUCCCCCUCGUGGCACCGGCCACCACCGAUGACCGAUUGAAGGCCUUGGCGCUGAUUGCGUCGCUGAUGAUCUACGUGGUGCUGAAGAUGGGUACCACGGGUGCGUCGGCCACCGUGUCUGAAGGGCUUCCCGAUUUGUUGGCUCGCGUGCGUAAGACUACCGGCGAUAUCCCCCUUGCCGUUGGGUUUGGCGUGUCCACUCGUGACCACUUUGUCGACGUUGGUAAGCACUCCGAUGGUGUGGUUAUUGGCUCCAAGAUCGUCAACUUGUUGACUGAAGCCCGUGAACGUGGUGAAGAAGACAUGGCGGCGGUUGUUACCAAAUACACUCAAGAAAUCUUGGGUAAGGACUUCAAGGCCACCCCCAUCACCUACCAACCUCCUGUACCCGGUAAGGCCACCGAACCGGCGACGGCGAUCGACGCUUUGGGUAAGUUCGGUGACUUCGGUGGUCAAUACGUCCCGGAAGCGUUGCACGCUUGUUUGCGUCAACUUCAACAAGCGUUUGACGAAGCCAACGCUGACCCUGAGUUUUGGGCCGAGUUCAGAGCCCUUUACCCUUACAUCGGCCGGCCUCUGUCCCUCCACAAGGCCGACCGGCUUUCGGCCAUGGCCGGUGGUGCUCAGAUCUGGCUCAAGCGUGAAGACUUGAACCACACCGGUUCGCACAAGAUCAACAACGCUUUGGCCCAAGUGUUGCUUGCCAAGCGUUUGGGCAAGUCGAAGAUUAUCGCCGAAACUGGUGCUGGUCAACACGGUGUCGCCACCGCCACCGCUUGUGCCAAGUUUGGUAUGCAAUGUACCGUGUUCAUGGGGGCCGAAGAUGUCCGGCGUCAAGCGCUUAACGUGUUUCGGAUGAGAAUCUUGGGGGCUAACGUCGUCGCCGUCACCAACGGUACUGCCACUUUGCGUGACGCUACCUCGGAAGCGUUCCGUUACUGGGUGUCGAACUUGGACUCCACUCACUACGUCGUUGGUUCGGCCAUUGGCCCCCACCCUUACCCCACUUUGGUGCGUACCUUCCAAUCGGUGAUUGGUCAAGAGUGUAAGGCUCAAUUCGAAGAGAUCAACGGUAAGGGUGCCUUGCCCGACGCCAUCGUCGCCUGUGUGGGGGGCGGGUCCAACUCCACCGGUCUUUUCUCGCCGUUCGAAAAGGACACUUCCGUGAAGAUGCUCGGGGUCGAAGCCGGUGGUGACGGUGUUGACACCGACCGCCACUCCGCCACGUUGACUGCGGGUAUUCCCGGUGUGUUCCACGGGGUCAAGACCUACGUGUUGCAAGAUAGCGACGGGCAAGUGCACGACACCCACUCGGUGUCGGCUGGUUUGGACUACCCCGGUGUCGGUCCCGAGUUGGCGUUCUGGAAGGCCUCCGGCAGAGCCGAGUUCAUUGCUGCCACCGACGCCCAGGCUCUUCAAGGGUUCAAGUGGUUGUCUCAAUACGAAGGGAUCAUCCCCGCCCUCGAAUCGUCGCACGCCAUCUACGGUGCCGUCGAGCUUGCCAAGAAGAUGAAGCCCGACCAGCACAUCAUUGUCAACGUGUCGGGACGUGGGGACAAGGAUGUGCAGCUGGUGGCGGAAGUGUUGCCCAAGUUGGGUCCCGAGAUCGGCUGGGACUUGAGAUUCGAGGCUGACCCAUCCAAGGGCGCCCACUAA